GAUCUUUUGCUUGUAAGCCUGCAGCAUUGUCGAAGCAACAAUGACCAAGAAGCAAGGUGCAGUGGAUGAACACUCCAGAUUGUUGGACUCUUCAUCAGCCGGUGCCCAGUAUGAUGGUCUUCCUCCGCCCGCUGCUCAACAGGGCUCCUCAGCCAGCCACUACGAUGACACCACAGCCAGCGUCCCAAUACCAGACGAUGACACUCAGAUAUUCAGUUUUCGCAAGCUUUGGGCCUUCACCGGCCCUGGUUUCCUCAUGAGUAUUGCCUACUUGGAUCCUGGAAACAUUGAAUCGGACCUGCAGUCUGGAGCUAUAGCUGGCUUUAAGCUGCUGUGGGUUGUGCUGUGGUCGACCGUGAUUGGUCUGUUUCUUCAGCGUCUGGCUGCCAGACUAGGAGUGGUCACGGGCAUGCAGUUAGCAGAGGUCUGUCAGCAGCAGUAUCGCAAGGUGCCACGUAUCCUGCUGUGGUUGAUGGUGGAACUGGCCAUCCUGGGCUCUGAUAUCCAGGAGGUCAUCGGCUGUGCCAUCGCCUUCAGCUUGGUGUCUGGUGGAAGGAUUCCUCUGUGGGGAGGUGUUCUGAUCACCAUCAGCGACACAUUUUUGUUCUUCUUCUUGGAGAAAUUUAAUUUGAGGAAACUUGAAGCAUUCUUCUUUCUUCUCAUCGCCAUAAUGGCUGUCACUUUUGGAUAUGAGUACGUGAUGGUGGCACCAAACCAGGGCGAGGUGGUGAAGGGCUUGUUUGCUACCUACUGCCCUGGAUGUGGCAGGGCAGAGCUGUUGCAAGCUGUGGGAAUCAUCGGAGCAAUCAUCAUGCCCCACAACAUCUACUUACACUCUGCUCUCGUAAAGUCCCGACAGAUAGAUCGUCGCGAUAAAAAAGAAGUCAGUGAAGCCAACAAGUAUUUCCUGAUCGAGUCGGCCAUUGCUCUCUUCGUCUCACUCAUUAUCAACAUUUUCGUGGUGGGCGUUUUUGCAGAAGCGUUCUAUGACAAAACCAACAUGGAAGUGAGUGAGAAAUGCAACUCCACUGGCAGUGCACAUACAGACCUUUUCCCACUCAACAACGAAACACUUGAAGUGGACAUCUACAAAGGGGGAGUUGUCCUGGGUUGCUACUUUGGUCCAGCUGCCCUGUACAUAUGGGCAGUUGGGAUCUACGCUGCCGGCCAGAGCUCCACCAUGACAGGGACUUACUCUGGGCAAUAUGUCAUGGAAGGCUUUUUAAACCUCCAGUGGUCCAAGUUCCUUCGAGUGUUCAUAACUCGCAUGAUUGCUAUCGUGCCCACCUUGCUGGUGGCUUUCUUCAAUGACGCCCAGGACCUGACGUGGCUCAAUGACAUCCUCAAUGCGCUGCAGAGUGUACAGCUGCCGUUUGCCCUCAUUCCCAUCCUCACAUUCACUAGCCAGACCUCUCUGAUGAGCGACUUUGCUAACGGCCGAGUUUCCAAAGUCCUGGGAACGGUGUUCACUCUGGCUAUCAUGGGCAUCAACAUGUAUUUUGUGAUCGACUACGUGAUAUCGCUGGCCAACGUGGGGGCCUACAUCUUUGCUGCUUACUUCGCCUGCACUCUGUUGUUUUCUCUCUACCUGUUUGUGCCAUGUCUCAUUGCAUUGGGAAUCCCCUUACCUGAAGCCGCACAGAGUUUGAUGAUACAACCGAGCUGAUAGAGGAAGCCCUGCAGAGGGCAGCAAAAACACAUCACAUGCCUCUAGCAUUGGCCAGUGGGCAGGGUUGCCAGCUCUGGUUGCUCAUGUGUGUGUGUUUUUCUUUCUUUCUUUAAAGGGACACUGUGCAGGAAAUGGUCAAAAAAGGUACUGCAACUAUGCUGCUCAUUGAAACUAGGCUCCUUAUUGCCACAUUUGAUCUUUACAUGAAAGUUUACUAAGUAAUAAACAAAUAUUUUCUAGUAUGGUCCAAAUACAGUCAGCUAAAAAUGAAUAUUUUUGGAAAUU